AUGAAUCUGCGUUCUGUAUUUACUGCAGAACAACAAAGGAUAUUGCAGCGUUAUUAUGAAAAUGGAAUGACAAAUCAGAGUAAAAAUUGCUUUCAGCUCAUAUUACAGUGUGCACAAGAAACUAAGCUGGACUUCAGUGUAGUCAGGACCUGGGUUGGCAACAAAAGAAGAAAGAUGAGCAGCAAGAGCAUUGUGGAUUCUGGAGGGACUCCAUCGGGGACUGUCGGCAGCACCCUGACCAUGCCCUCGGAAGUGGCCGUCCGAAAUGUCGUCAGCAUUGCUCGCUCCCAAAGCCAGCAAUCAUCUUGGACAUCCUCCAACAACGACGUCAUAGUAACUGGUAUAUACAACCCAGCCAGUUCCUCUGGCAGACUGGUGUCCGCAAAACAGACAAAUGCUUUGAUGUUUGCUAUGCAUAAAAGCCUUCUUCCAAGAGACACCGGGAAAAGUGACCUUAGUAAAUUUCAGCGACAGCACAUCGCCAGGUUCGAGCAAGCACCCCACUGUAAGAAUGCCUCGCUCUUCCUAGGGGAAAAAACAAUUAUCUUGUCGAGGCAAACCAGUGUGUUGAAUUCGGCAAACUCCAUUUAUAAUCACACUAAGAAAAGCUACGGUGGUUCUUCGGUUCAGACCGCGGAGUUGGUUUUACCUCAGAAGCCUGUGUUGUGCCAUAGGCCGUGUAAAGUGGAGCAGAUGGGGUGUCAAAGGCUGCAGAAACCAGAGCAUCCGAUCCUCGCCUCGCACAUCGGAUCUGGACAAAGGGCUAAUAUUAGGGACCCUUCCUGCAGCACGCACAACUUGGAAAUCCGUGAGGUUUUCUCCUUGGCAGUUACUGAUCAACCUCAGCGAAUCCUGGGUGGCAGCGCACAGAAGUCAUCUUCAGGAGAAGGCAGUUGUCUGUCCAUUGCCAUGGAAACGGGGGACGUCGAUGAUGAAUAUGCCAGAGAAGAAGAGUUGGCCUCAAUGGGUGCUCAGAUGCACAAUUACUCAAGGUUAAGUGGCUCGUCUUUCCGAGCAGAGCAUCCAAGCACAGGUUUGUCUGGGUCAGGAAGAAGCGUCCGCUGCAGUUCGCAUGUGGUCAAUACCCGGGACCUGCAUGACAAUAUUAUGUAUCACAACAGAGGCUACCACUUGCCUCCACGAACCUCCUUACACACUACAUCCAGUACACUGUACAGCAGUUCUUAUCCAUCAAGAAGCAACCUUUCUUCUCAUUUUGCAGCAUCGAAUCAGCUAAGACUGUCUCAAAACCAAAACAAUUACCAGAUUUCAGGAAACCUUACUGUGCCUUGGAUUACGGGGUGUUCCCGAAAAAGAGCACUACAGGACCGCACACAAUUCAGUGACCGGGAUUUAGCGACCCUCAAGAAAUACUGGGACAAGGGGAUGACCAGCCUCGGCUCAGUUUGCAGAGAAAAAAUUGAAGCGGUUGCUGCGGAAUUAAAUGUUGACUGUGAAAUUGUGCGGACUUGGAUUGGGAAUCGGAGACGAAAAUAUCGCCUGAUGGGAAUUGGAGUCCCACCUCCUCGAGGCGGCCCUGCUGAUUUUUCCAACCAGUCUGAUUCAAGCAGUAAAUCAGUUCCCAUUCCAGGAGAUGAUGCCUCAACUGAUGUGGGAGAUGAUAAUGACAGAAACGAUGAUGUCUCAAUCUGCUUAUCCGAAGGAAGCUCACAAGAAGAACACAGCGAAGUUCUUCAGAGUGAAGACAUAGGUCACAAAGAGGAGGACCAGACUACUGUAACUGCUGAUAAUGUGAAAAUAGAAAUAAUAGAUGACGAAGAAAGCGAUAUGAUAAGUAAUUCUGAAGUGGAUCAGAUGAGCUCUCUUCUGGACUUCAAAAAUGAAGAAGUAAGGUUCAUGGAAACUGAACUGGAGCAUCAGAAACAGAAGUAUUUCGAGCUACAGACUUUCACUAGGAGCUUGAUACUUGCUAUCAAAACAGAUGACAAGGAACAGCAGCAGGCACUUCUGGCAGAUUUACCUCCAGAGUUAGAAGAGAUGGAUUUCAACCACGCGUCUCCGGAACCUGACGAUACCUCAUUCAGCUUGUCUUCUUCUUCAGAGAAAAAUGCCUCGGACAGUUUGUGAUCCUUUGUCAAAGGAACUAACACGGCAUAGUUUUGCUUAACGUGUAUGUUUUGAAUUAAUUACGUUUUAGCCAGUACCCUUAAAUAUGAAGGGCAGGGAUUGGGGGUGGGAGGGGUGGGAGGCAGACUAGCAACCUUGUACAGCAGCUUGGUUGAUAGUAGCCGCAACUACGGAACUUUGUUUUUGACAGAUGUGAAAGCUACUUGAGAAAAAGACAUUAAGCUUCUAGCAGCUAUGCCUCGACUAGUGUACCUUCCUAAUCGUCAGCAUUGACUGCGUUAUUAACUAAGUCCUGAAAUGUGCAGGGCACGAAGAAUGAAAGAAAAGUGUCCAGUUACUUUAACAAUUCACUGCAGCCCAUCAGUUCUGUUUAGUGUGAUAUUUGCCUUUUCUCUCUCUGUCUCUCCCCUUUCUUGCCCCCCUUCUCAGGUAGAUGGACUGGUCAUUGGAAAUUAUGGGCACGAAGAGGUCAGUCGGCAAUAGCCGAACCUUCACAAAAAUGAUGUUGCAAACCAGGGAUCAAGCUAAAGAAGUGCUUUAUUAGUAUAUAAUGACUAACUGUUGUAUCUUCUUUUCCUAUCCCCCAAUACAUGGAAAACUAAAUCUCACUAUUUAAACUGCCUCCAAUACAUUAUUUUCUGUAAAACAGCAGACAGGAACUUUGGAUGAAGUUCCAUAUUCCAGACUCUUCAUAUUACAUAUGCUUGAUUGGUUAGGAGAAGUAGCAUGUUUAGGGGACUUGACAAAGCGUUUUACCGUUUAGCAUGGCAAUAACUCCAGGGUGACGGCCACAAAAGUCCAGUGCAUGGAUCCUGAAGGUAUGUUGACCUUCAUGGCUUAUCUUCAACAGAAGCGAAAGGCUGCUCAGGAACCUGGCUUUAUAAUUCAGACUACAGCAUCUUCUCCACACACUCCAAGCUCAGCCCUCGGUAACACGAAUUGGGAGCUAGAGGAGCUAGAGAGCUUUGAAUGUCUUUCUUUCCAGACGCACAGUUACCCAAGGACAAGUGGGCUAUGAAAUUCCCCAGGGAAGCAUUUCAGUCACUAGUUCUUACACGGACUAGGAUUUGUUUUAAUUCUUCCCCUUCGCUAAAAAAGCACAUGCCCUGUGACUCAUGAAUUAGCCCUGGUUUGUGGCCUCCAAGUGGAAAAUGUUUUCAUGUAGUCCUGACUCAGAAGUCCCUUCCUUCAAGCUUGUUAGGCAGCUGCAAGCCAGCGUCAAACUGAGCUCUGGGAUGAAUGAGUUUGAGUAAUUUGUGUGUCUGAAUAGGCCGAAAUCCUGAUGUGCAUCAGCUACUCAGAAUAAUGAAACUUGCAUAUCCAAUUUGCCUGUGUAUUUUUCCCUCUUAUUUUUCUACUAGUUCAGAGGAUUGAUUCCGUGGACUCCUGCAGUAUUCAGAAGCUUGAUUUACAGCUUUUAUUUUGUCUUGAAUUGGAUAGUGAAAAUGUUAGAUGCAAAUUUCUGUUGCUGGGAGAAAGAUAUAUGGUGGGGUUUCUGGGUUCUUUGUUUCUGGGUUUUGUUUUGGGUUUGGGUUUUUGUGUGUGUGUGUGUGUGGUUUUUUUGGUCUAGGGUUUCCAUUUCUCCGCUGAAAGACAUAGAGAAACUGCAGCAGUCACAGCUGCUUUGGUACCAUGACAAAAACAAUUUAAGCUGCCUUUUUUCCUUUUCUUUGAGGAGCAUAAAACCGAGAACCAAAACUUAUGUGAGGCCCCUUCUGCACAUUCAGAAUAAUGCACUUUCAGUCCACUUUCAGUGCACUUUGCAGCUGUUCGGAAUUGCAAAAUCCACUUGCAAACAGUUGUGAAAGUGGAUUGAAAAUGGAUUAUUCUGCAUGUGCGGAAGCGGCCUGAAAGAUCCGUCAUCCUGCACCUUGAAUACCCGUGCAAGCAGGUCCUCAGGCGUUAAGUGCCCUCUAUGUACUUUUCUGUUGGUCCUCUCCUUAUGUUCAUGCUUUUCUAUGCUCCUUCCAUUUAAUCUCACCUGUUCUCGUACUAGCUACCUUCUGGAAAACUCAUGGAUGCACAGACUUUGGCUGGCUAGAUCGCCAGUCCAAAUUGUUCACCACUGACCUUGCUUUUCUGCUUUGGGAGACAGGUCUGUUUUGUUUGUGGUCUUCUGCUGAACUCCAAAGGGGUACCCACUCCAGCUGGUGAGGGCUGGUCCCUGUAGUGUUGAGGCUAAGUUCAGGGUUGGUGUCAUCUCCCAAGUUUGGGGAAUGAUUGGGAUUUCUCCAGAAUUGCAAAAUGAUCCCCCCACAGUGGACACACUUGUAGAUGUUGGCCAAAAUAGAAAUGUGAGUGUCUCCCAACCUUGAAUGUUUGUUGCAGCAGACAAGAGGGAAGAGUGGUGGCAACUGAGCACCUUGCCCUUGGUCAGGAAGCAAGUAGCAUAAUUCUGCAGUUCUUAAAAUGUUCUGGCAUUACUGCAUUUUGUAAAAUUCCACGGAGAGGGAGUUAAAAAAUGACAACAGCUGUCAAACUUUCAAAAUCCCUCUGGCUGCUGAGCAUUCCGCAGGUGUUGGCCAGCAUUUUCCAGCCUAGCUGUGCUGUCUUAGUGGGCAAGACAGGGAGUUGGGUUGAGAGGAAAAAAGAGGCUGAAAUGCUGGAUGGCACCUGUGGAAAAGGAAAGACGAGUUUGGAUUUAUAUCCCACCUUUCUCUCCUGUAAGGAAACUCAAGGUGGCUGACCAACUCCUUCCCUUCCCACAACAGACACCUGGUGAGGUAGGUGGGGCUGAGAGAGCUUUGAGAGAACUGUGACUAGCCCAAGGUCACCCAGCAGGAAUGUAGGAGUGCGGAAACACAUCUGGUUCACCAGAUAAGAAAGCUGGAGAAGCUGGUUUAGACAAACGAAGAACUCUAAAACAGUAUAGUGGCAUGGGUUUGGACAAUCAGUUAAAUAUGUUUGGUAAGCCCCAACUUUAUGUUAUGUCUGAACCCAUCUCAUAUGACGCCAGUUCUUUCUAGCUGGGUUCUCUUCAGUGGUUGAACUCCACCUAUCAGAGGAAGCUCAGGUGUCAUGUGACUUCAAAUUCCGAUGACAAAGAACCACCUUCAGUGUCAUACCAUAGCACGGAAAGGAGGGAUACAAAUGUGAUUGUGCAGCAAAAUAACUUUUAUGACAGAAACUGUUCUUUCUCAUAUUGCUUGACAAUAACAGUUGCUGAGCCAAUUGCAAUCCUUGGUUAUGGCCAUGGCGUGGUCCAAUUAGUAAAGUCCUCUGCAAUUAAUUAGGUCUGUUGACUUUUCCCAAGUAAACACUUAACAACUGCUUUAGAGAGAGCACGAGCAAGUGGGUGUACAUAUAAAUGAAGCACAAACAUGGCUUCAGAAACUAACAUUUCAGUCACAUGUUUAAUUCUUUGAGCUUAACUACAUCCAGUAUUGGUCUUCUGGCUAUAAAGGGACUGCCCCCCCUCUCUCCCCCCUCUCCCGCUCCCUCCCUCCCUCCCUCUGGAAAUUUAGGUUAGAAAUGAAGUAUGUGGGCUUGAAUAUUGCUUGGACACAUAUCUUUGGAUUUAUUAUUCUGGGGGGAAAUUGAAAUCAAUUGAUGGACUUGCAUAAUUUUGCCAUUGUGCAAAAUGUGCUGUUUAUUCUUCCCUUCAGCCAGCAUAUGUAGGAGGUCAUUUAUUUCAGUUUUACAGGCAUAGUGGAGAAGCUAAGUCUUUACUUGUGCAAGUGAGUCCAUGACUGAAAUGGGAUUUGGGUGUAACUUUGCCUAGUUUAUAGCUGGUUCACCCAUGCAUGUGUAUCAUUUAAAUAGUCAACACUUGAGGGUGUGCACAGUUGACUUUAUAAACAAGUACCAUAGAAGAAAUGUGUUUGAGUUUACAUCAGUUCCGUCAUAGAUGACCUAUUACCAUGUAUGCCAGUUGCAACUGUGGUCUUCAGGUGAAGAAAUUGUGUGUGUGAUCUAGUCCCCAUCUGCUAUGUUAGUCGCCUUCCGUCUUCUCAGAACCAGAACACAACGUAACUGUAACCUGCAAGUUGGGAUGCACUUUAAAAAAUUUUUUAAAGGUUGUGCUUCUUUAGGUUCAUUAUAGGGGCAAAGUGAAGUGCGGGGUUCAUCAUCGGUCUUCUGUGCAUCCCCACAUUGGGACGGCUCGGAUACAGGCUAGCCGACAGUGAAGUUCCAGAUAUUUGACACUAGGGAGCGCUCUUGUGGCCAUUGGUCCCAUGUGCAUUGCCUCUCAAACGGCCACGGGACCAACGGCCAACCCCCUCUACCCUCAGCUCUGCCUGAGCCACCACAAGAACCCUUUAUGAGAACUAGGAGCAGGGCAGGAGGGAAGGGUAUGUGUGCCUGCACAGAAGACCUCCAUGAACAUCAGUUACAGGCAAGUGCAAUCCUGUCUUCUUAUAUUAUCAUAAAACGUACCCUUGUAAAACAUAGCAAAUAAUGACCAACGACGUAUGAAAUGGUUUUUUGGUGUUCUGUUUUCCAGUCUUUCAGUAACAGGUCAGGUUAAUUGAAAAGGAAGGCCCCAUAUUCCACAAAAUUAAGUUUCUAAAGAUGGAUCAGUCUGCUUUUACCAGUUUUUAAGCUGUCUGAUCAGUAACACAGCCCCAUGUCCGGGAAGGCUGGGCCUCUGCAUUCCAUUGCAUUACAGAGGAGUGAUUUUUGCAAAAUGCUGCUGGGCAUGGGGGUUUGAAAGAAGUUGUGCCAGUGACGUCCCCUUUGCUCAUGUGUUAAUUAUUGUAGGGGACUGUCAUUUUUUUUGCACUUGCAACACUCCCCCUCAAAGCUGGUAAUGCGACUGUUGAGACCCGCCUUAGAACAGGGUUCUAUCCCUGUGCAGUAAUUGAAGGACAAGAUACCAGAGCAUGCUGUCUGUUCAGAGAUGUUCUGUACAAAGAUGUCUUGGCCUUCCCAUAUGGGACCUUAACUCCUUGGUCAUGCUGAGCAAAAUGCUUAUUGUGGCAGCCAUUAGAAUAUCGAAAAGGUGCUCACUGGUCCAUGUUGAUUGACUCUGCUGUUGUGGUCUCACUGGAGAACUAGCCCUCGCUCCACCCUUCCUCAUGAAGCUAUGUUUUCAGAUGCAAUACACAUGUACAUAGUUUCAGUUGGAAAGGUGUGGAAUCCUUCAUAAGAAUGUCUGAAAUACAAGCGCAUGCGUCAUUUUUUCUUGCUUAAUACCUCUUGGUCACAUCUGGAUUCUACAACUCUUGUUACUUAAUCCUGCUGUUUAAAAACUUGACGUGACAUAAUUACAUACUACCUCUGCAAGGUGGUAUCACCUCUGAUGCCACAGUAGACUUCAGCGUGACUUCUGUCCCCUCCGUUCUCGGCAAUAAAUCACUUAUAGCACAUUUAUUUUUGGGGGUGGGGGUGGUAGUAUUUGGGUUUCUUUGUUUUGUGGGGGUUUACCAGGAAAAGUAUAUGUGUACCGAAUGUUGGGGGGAGGGGGUUCCUUCCGUUUGGGAAUAUUCUUUUGUUAUGCUAAUUUGUUGUAUACUGAUACCUUAGUACUAUGAAGAGGCUGAGGUGAGAGGCAGAUGUGUGUGUGUGUAUGUGUUUGUGUCUGUGUGAGUGAGUGAGUGAGAGAGACUUUACAUUAAUCUCAGUGACAUAUGAUUCUAUGGUAAAGGCACAGCAUGUUGGGAAUGUUUCCAGCCCAGGUCCCUCAGAAAUGAAUGGGACUGUUAUGCUCCCUACAGCAGUGGUUCUCAACCUGGGGGUCGUGACCCCUUUGGGGGUUGAACGACCCUUUCACAGGGGUCGCCUAAGACUCUCUGCAUCAGAGUUCUCCAUCUGUAAAGUGGAAAAAUGUUAGGGUUGGGGGUCACCACAACAUGAGGAACUGUAUUAAAGGGUUGCGGCAUUAGGAAGGUUGAGAACCACUGCCCUACAGGAAUGUGUCUUAUAGCUAAAAUGGAUAAGCUAGAGUUCCCCCUACCCCGCCCCCCUUUUAUUUUUGAGCAGUUCUCAUUUCAUGGGGAUAGACUUAAUUCCAGGGACAAGGAACCUGAACUUGUAUGGGUUUGUGGUCAGAAGCUUAUCCAUUGUGUUCAACCCCACCAUUCUGAUUGGCUGUCUCUUCCAUUCCGUUCCCCAUUUUUCUUUACUCAUCUCUUUGCUGGGAGCUGCUUGUGCUCAGAAAGAGGUGAAAAGGAACCCUUUCUUUUAAAAAAGCCAGGAUGAUCUUAUGGAAAUAUGCUGCAUUUGUGUGUUCUUUUGCAUCCUGGGCCCUUUCCGCACGGGCCAUUUACAGCGGCCCAGGGACAGCAAAAACGCCGUCCCCGGGCAGCUGUUCGCACAGGCAGCCACCUUUGCGGCCCCGAGCAGCGUGAAGGCACCGCUUUCCACCUCCCUUCCUGAGGGAGGUUUUUGGAAAGUGCUGCCUUCCCAUCAGCGCAGUACAAACCACGCCACUCCCCCCCCCCCCACUCACCUUGUUCUCCAGCGUCGGUCUGGAGGGCUGCUGAGACCCGACCACGCUGCCCUCUGACCCCUGGAGGUCGGAGGGCAGCAUGGGCGGGUCCCUGUAGUCCUCCAGCCCUCCUCUUCUGCUCCGGCCUCUGCAGGGGCUGCUCGCACACUCCCGUGCGAACGGCCCCCUCCCCUCCAUUGGCAUAAUUUCUGCCAGUGGAGAGGCGCCCUUUCCGCUGUGCGGAAAGGGCCCUGGUUUUGAGCUUACAUGUUGCCUUUGACAGCAAGUAUAAUAUCCCCAAAGGGGGUUAUAAAGCUUGGAUUGAAAACAUAACAUUUUGGCUUUUGCUUUUACAUGAAUGGAAAGCAUACUAAUUUGAAAAUGCCCUUCCAGUAAAAUUUCUCCUGGAUAAAAUCUGUUGACAUAGAACAGGGUUCUAGAACAGCGAAGAAGAGAAGCUAAUUCAUGAUCUAUAGUCCUUGGAAUGCAGCUAUUAGGCCCAGUGUUUUUUUAAAAAAAUCAACCCAAAUGUACUGGUUGAAUAAGCAGGUAAAGGUAGUUCCUUGUGCAAGCACCAGGUCAAUACUGACCCAUGGGGUGACAUCAUGUCACAAAGUUUACUAGGCAGACUGUGUUUACGGGAUGGUUUUCCAUUGCCUUCCCCAGUCGUCUACACUGGGUAUUCUCUUGAUAUAUAAAGGAGUAAAACAUCCUGUAAGGAGCUAUUUCAUUAAAUAUCUCUUUAGCUAUCUCUGAGCUUCGUUUGCUAACCAUGACCCUUUUCCCUAAUCAUGGGUAAAAUUCAGAGAAACAUGUGCUUCGGUCUACUUAGUAUCAGCGGCGGGUUGGGUAGGGUUAGAUUAAGAUAUAUUGAUUUCAUUGGGAUUUGGGCCUGGUCAACACAUGCAACAGAACGAGGUAGAAUUCUGAGGUGGUAUAAUGGGCUGUACCACUUUGGACUGAAGGGGGCAAGGAUAACGGACUGUUAACACUCCCUGUAAAUAACUCACUAUACCGGGGAAAGUUGUUGUAGCUUAACCCUUUGCUUGCUGUGCUAGUUUUCCAUUUACUGGAACUUACUAAUGUAGGGGAACUUUUGAAAAAAUGUAAUCGUCCUGGAGUCUUGACUGGGGCAGCAUAUUCUACCACCUCGUUCAGCAGACCAAGCCUUACGCAUGGCGCCUGGAUUGCAUUUAUGUACUUUCCCAGUUACAAAUGCUUGGGGUGGAUUUUAAACAAAUGCAACCUGGCGACACGUACACCCUAUUUGCCUACUGCAGGUUAUGCUGACAAGAAUGUGGGUCGUUGACCUCUUGCCCCCUUUUAAAAGAAGGGGCUGAAAAGGAUCUAUGAGCGUGCACUUAGGAAUACAUCCUAGUUGGGCACUAGCAUGGUGCUGGGAUUCUGCCAUCUGGGUAGAUCUUGUACGUCCAUGCAGAUCGGCAGAUCUGCCCCCACCCUGGCCUCGAGGGGAACACAGUCUGGAAAGUUUUAAGUGGCUGGAAGAAAAGUCGUCAAUAACGUGAUGUACAUUUCCCAGCUGCUAAAAAUGCUUUUGAUGGCUACGGGGAUGGAUGGAGGAGAGUUACAAGUGCCCUUUGCUGUAUUGAUUUCUUAUCCUUUUCUGCUUCUUGCAUUACUGUAAGCCUCAUCCAGCGCUGAAGGAUCAGCAGGUGCCAUUCUCCGGGUGCAAAUGCCUAAAGAGCAGGAAAUGGGCUCCAAAAGGCAGGUUGUCAUUCUCGUGAGUUGCUGAAUAUCCAACUGCGAAACCUUGCCGGGCUGGUGUUUCCCCCCUCCCUUUCUAUAAUUUUGCUGCUAUAGUGAUACGCAAAACCAGUUCUUGAUUAAAACUAACACGUCGUAUAAAGGGUCGCUACGAAUUCUCUUCCACUGGUCCAUCGCAGGCUGCCGGGUGUGAAUUGGCAGCUGUAAGAAUAGUCCUGCUGGGAGCUGCGCGGUGAGCUCUCGGCCUGGGAGCCCCCUCCGUAAAGUUUGUUGCGGUGGUGACACUCGGCAUCCAUUUUAGCGGGAAGUUUAUUUCUCCUUUUGAAGGUUCUAGUUGUUUUUUAUAAACCAUUAUGCUAUUCAAACGUGCCAACGAAGAAGUCUGAGUAAUUAUCUUUAAAUUAACAUAAUGUCCUUUUGGGUCAGUUCAGCAAGUUUUGUAAAUUUUAGUGUGUCAAAACUGAAGUUCUCUAUGAAAUUUGGUAUUUCCAGUUCCGUUUUAAUGACAUGUAAAUGGAUAUGUGUAGCAAGAAAAGUAUGACAGAUAUUGGACUCUUGAGUACCUCCACUGCAACCCAGGAUAUAUGAUCUUGGUUUAUGGAAAAAUAUGGAUUUCAUCUAUUUGUAUCAGUCGUGUCUGUGUAUAUAAGGAUAUUUAUAAUCUUGUAUUAACGAAAUCCAUCUCUCUCACACAUGAAAGGUUAUUUCCUUCAUUAGAAACCUGCUCAGCUAUUUUUAUAUAAAAAUGUUGGUCUCUGCCUUAACUUUUUUUGUGAAAAUUUGUGCCAUAGAGUUUUUAACUUAUCUUCAGACAACUUACCAACUUUGUUUUGAUUCACAUUUUAAGUGAAAGAUUGUUGACAUUAUAUUUGGUUACUGGGUUGUUUCAAGACAACCUAUAUUGCUUAAGAAUUGUUCUUCAACUGUAUUCUCAUCCCAACAGUUUUCUUACAGUGUUUGUCCUUGAAAAUGUUUGCAUCCAUACUAAAAUGCACGCUCCAAUAAUUCCAGGAAUUGUCAUGGUUUGUUUGGGGUUAUUUUUCCCUCACUUUUCUGGACUUAGUUUGGCAAAAACCUUAAUUAAUAAAUUGAGUUGUUUGUUACAAAAACUGUAUCUGUUAGGUUAAAUGGGUCAGAGUAAAGGGCUAAUUACCUUUGCUACCUUUUGUCUAUUACACUCAAAGAUAUUUUUCUACGUCUACCAGAUAUGAAAGACUGGAGAAUUUAAUAAAGGCUAAGUGAUUCGUUUUCCUA